AUGGCAGCUAGUUUGGCGGAAGUGAAGGUUAGUAAGAGAACGAUCGGGGAGUUGGAGGACAUAACCAAUAACGACGGGUACCACAAUAACAAGAAGAUGAAGAUGAACAUGAAUUUCAAAAACAUGUAUUUCAAGGGUGAGGGCGACGAAAGGAAGCGUCCGCAACAACAGAGGUCACCAUCGCCGUCGGACUUGUCGUCUUCAUCCCCCACGAAGCUGCGUACGAAAUCGGUGACAUUUGAGUUGUCUCAGAAUAAGCAGUAUGAGAAUUCGCCGCUAUUAACGCCGAAAGACGACGAUGACGACUACAACGAUGACGAUGUGAAUGGGGCUGUAGAUAUGGCCGAGAAUACGGUCCAAAAUGAGGCUCUAGGGGCCCAGUUGGGUACCAACUGCGACUAUCUUGCGUUGACUUCAUCGUUGCGCCUAUUGAACACCAACAAGGGCAAGAUUGAAAGGGAAAUCGUGGACUUGUCGCAGAUGUUGGAUUUCCACGCCAAAACCCCCGAUAAGGGAGAAAUCAUUGACUUUUUCUCGAAGUUGGUUGAUAACAAAUUGAACUUGCCCCAGCAAAAUAAGAUCUUGAGGUGCCCAUUGAUCGACUGGUCCAAGUACCACAAUGGCUUGACCAACGUGAGUAAGGAGAGUUUUGAAGCCUGUGCAAACGAAAAACUGUUGUUCAGAACUCUCAACUUGUUUAAUUCAAAAUAA